AUGGCCUCUCUUAAUAACUUCUUCAUCGUGACCUUAAUCGCCCUUACAGCGCUUCCAGCUUUCACCCAUGCCGCCAAUUGUACAAGUGAUGAGCAGUCAAUAGUGGACAACGUGUACUCCGAACUGUCCAGCAGUAGCGCGUGUGGAAGUCUGGUUGCCGAUUCGGGUGCCACAUCACUUGACUACUGUAUGAAAAGCGACUGCCUUUCAGUGCUCAGUGACGCCGUGCGGCAGCUGCCGGAUUGUACCAGUGACGAUGAAAUCGAUCGCAUGACCGGAUUAAUAAACGUCCUCGCGUACUGUUCCGACGUGAACGAAGUGCUCGAUCGCUCGUUCUCGACUUCAGCAAGCGGAAGCGAUAUUAGCAGUGGCCCCGUUUCGUCUGGCACCUCCAAUGUUUUUGUUGCAACAGGCAUCAUGGUUACACAGCUCUCAGUCGCUCUCUACUUAAUCGCAGUUUCAGUGUGA